GAGAAGAUCUCAAGACUGAUGGCAAUGCCUGACAUGGAGGACGGCUUAAUGCUUUUCAACUUCGCCCCCAGAUAUCGACAUCAAUACAAAGAGUCGUUUGAUUUCGAGAACUACGGGUUCGACAAUUUGGCCGAAUGUCUCAAAACGGUGCCACAGCUGAUCCAAAUGAUGUCUGUGGGCACCAGUACUUUCAAAUUAAUGCCCGUCAAGGCAGCCGCACCAGUAGUCACCACCACUGCCACAGUCAAUGAUAAGCCGACAUUCAAUGCGAGACCAACAACAAACGCAACUAUCCGUCCAUUACUGUCAUCGACUGCGCUAACCAAUGGUAACCCAUUGACAAUCACAUCGACUGCCACCGCGAGAACAGUGACCCGUGCGGUGACGACCACCACUGCCCCGAAGCCAAUACUUUCCACAUUUGCCUUAAACCUAAGAGCU